CAUACUGUAUCAAUGGACUAGGGGAGGAGAAUGAGAAGGCGAGGAAGGUGUUUCUACUGUCUGUCUCAUAAUCUUGAGUUUAAAAGUUCUCUCAAAGAGGAUACUAAGUAGUUCAACACAGUGUGAAGACUGCACAAUCUGUGAAGAAGAGAGGACGCGCACAGCAUACCACGGCAAUAUUAUUUUGUGCCUGCGCACGGGACUGUUCAGUCAGCGGCUGCCAGUGGUGAUUCAAUAAACACUAACCCGUCGGAGAACACAUAGGUUACAAAGAUGCCUGUGGAAACGCUGUCAGUCAGACACACUCUGUCUAAUGUGGGUAGGUUCCCAUCAGUCACAUUGGGAUGGGGGCAGGAUGUGCCAGAGAAGGAGGAACCAGAGGAGGAGAACACAGAGGAGGGGGCGUGUCGACAAUGGUUACGUAAGAUCUGUCCUUGCUGCUGUCAAAGACUGAGCGAUGAUGAUGACAUCACAGAUACGGUCAUGACCGGGAUCCCGGAUGUCGACAACAAUGCAGGGAUGAAUGCCGACAAGCCAGUCACUGGUGGAAGUGAGCUCGAAGAGCUGUUGUUGACAGUGCGGUCCAUAGACCUGAUGAAAACCAAGACGGGUCUGAACCGCCUGGAGCAUCACACAGACCGUUACUACGGUGAUGACCUCAUCAUCCGCAGGGGGAAUACCUUCAUGAUGUGGCUUGACCUCUCACGACCUUACUACCCCAACACAGACAGACUCCACCUGGAGCUUAAGACAGGAUCCCUGCCUACAGUGGCAAAGGGCACCCAUGUCAUCAUCCCAUUGGUUGAGGAGCUGGAGGAUAACCGCUGGGAGGCCAAGAUCGUGAAAUGGGACGGCAACAGGAUCAAGCUGUCUGUUAACUCCCUGCCCACUGCCAUGAUUGGCCGAUACCAGCUCACUGUGGCAACGCAAAGCCCGAAGGGCAAGGCCACAUCUACACAUGACCCAGGGAAUGACAUCCGCAUGCUGUUUAACCCUUGGUGUGAAGAUGACACAGUGUACAUGGACGAUGAGGAUGAGAAGAAUGAGUAUGUCCUGAAUGACGUCGGCAGGCUUUACUAUGGCACAGAGAACCAGAUUGGUGCAAGAACAUGGAACUAUGGACAGUUUGAUGAGGGGAUCCUGGAUGCCUGUCUGUAUGUUUUGGAGAAGAGUAUAACCCCCCCCUCAGGCUGGGGAGACCCUGUCAAUGUAGUUCGAGUCAUUUCAGCCAUGAUCAACUCCCCAGAUGAUUGUGGGGUCGUGGAGGGUAAUUGGUCAGGGAAGUAUGUGGGAGGGACUUCCCCUACAGCCUGGAGUGGCAGUGUGGACAUCCUGAAGAAGUACCAUAAGGACGGAGGCAUACCAGUCAGAUAUGGCCAGUGUUGGGUCUUCUCUGGGGUCACCACCACAGUGUUGAGGUGUUUGGGCAUUCCCUCCCGUAGUGUGUCCAACUUCAACUCUGCCCAUGACACAGAUGUCUCCCUGACAACAGACGUGUACUUCAAUGAAAAUUUGGAGUCUAUAGAUCACCUCAACACUGACUCCAUCUGGAACUUCCACGUGUGGAACGACUGUUGGAUGGCUCGUCCAGACUUGCCACCAGGUCAUGGUGGCUGGCAGGCGGUAGACUCCACCCCCCAGGAGACCAGCCAGGGCACCUUCCGCUGCGGCCCUGCCUCCAUCACCGCCAUCCGCAACGGACAAGUGUUCCUCAAACAUGACUCACCCUUCAUCUUUGCCGAGGUGAACAGUGAUAAGAUAUACUGGCAGAGGAACCUGGAUGGCACCUUCACCCAGAUCCACAGUGAGAAGAAUGCAGUGGGCCACUGUAUCAGCACCAAGACUGUGGGCUCAGACGAACGCAACGAUAUCACACACCUUUACAAGCACCCAGAAGGCACAGAAGAGGAACGCAUUGCUGUGGAGACUGCCAGUCGCUAUGGUUCCAAACCAGAUACCUACUCCUCUCCAAUCGCUGAGGAUAUAUCAAUAGAGGUGACCAUGGAUGGGGAGGGGCCACGCAUGGGGGGAGAUGCAAAACUGAACAUUGUCAUGCGAAAUGCUAGUUCUCUACCACGCACUAUCAACCUCCACAGCCAGGUGGCAGUCAUGUACUACACUGGCGUGCUCAAGGCCACCGUCAAGAAGGACAAAACGCCUGUGGAGCUGCUAGCCAAUGAAGUGAAGACCCUGGAGUGGAUCCUUGAGUACCAGCACUAUCAGGACCAGCUAGUGGACCAGGCUGCUCUGAUGCUGACCCUCUCAGGCCGGGUCACUGAGACACAGCAGGUCCUUGCCACUCAGUUCAGCUUCCGCCUCCGCACCCCUGACCUCAUCAUUAAGCCGGCAGGGGAGGCUGUGGUGGGGAAAAAGAUGGCGGCUAAGAUUUUCUUCACUAACCCUCUGCCACGCACGCUGAAGGGAGUGGUGUUCCAUGUGGAGGGGCUGGGCCUGCAGAGUGUUCGACAGAUCGCUGUUGGUGACGUGGCCAGUCGCUCCUCUGUGACUCUGACGGAACACUUUGUUCCUACUCUGCCUGGAUCCAGGAAACUGGUGGCUUCUCUGGACUGUAAGCAGCUCACACAAGUCCACGGUGUCGCCAACAUUGACGUCAAGGAGAAAUGAGCCUUUGGACACCAUAGACCCCUUUUGGUCUGCUUUACAAUUGAGGCAUAAUCACUGUGAAUGACAGAAGACGUUAUCACCCUCUCCUCUUCCAUACCAGACCACUGAUGAUGCUGUCGAGUUCAUUAUGAUGUUUGAAAGUACAGUCUAAGUUUGAGACACAGGAAAACCAAACACCAUGCACAACAAACCUUUUCAAUCAUUAUAUGUUUCCACUUGAGGAUUCCUGUCCCUUAUAUUGUAACAUUUUUACAUCCCUUCCACUCAAUAUCAGAUUGGACCUGUAUAAUGUGCCUUGGAAAGUGCCUAAGCAUAUGAUUACAGUCUUUACAAGAUUGGUAUUAGAACUUGUAUAAUUGCAUGACAUUUCAAAAUGUAUCUUACCUACUGAACAGAGCACAAGCUACAGUAUAUGACACAUGGGAACAAUAAUGUUUGUUUAGUAUGCUGUACAGUAAAGCAAAAAUACUGUGUACAGAGUGGUUUGUUAUGUUGCCAGAGCAUUGUAUAUCUAUGACACAAUCAGCUUUUUCUCAGAUAUUAUUUUCUAACACUUAUUAGAAGGGGUAUGUGAAUAAUGAAUAAUGCUAUGGUGUUAUUAACUUGUAAAACGUUGUUGAUUUUAAGAGAUCAGUUCUUUUYAACAUACAGGUAACUGUCAAAAUAAAGGAAACACUUGAGUAAAUGAGGAAUACAUUGUAUAUUGAAAGCAGGUGCUUCCACACAGGUGUGGUUCCUGAGUAAUUGACAUCCCAUUAUGCUUAGGGUCAAGUAUAYAAAUUCUGGGCAGGCCAAGUUGCCCAUUAUUUUGCUACCAUGGUUAUGCCCCCAUCCACAGGGCACGAGUGGGCACUGAAUGGUUUGAUGAGCAUGAAAAUUAUGUAAACCAUAUGCUAUCGCCGUCUCAGUGACCAGAUCUCAACCCAACACUUAUGGGAGAUUCUGGAGCAGUGCCUGAGAGCGUUCUCCACCACCAUCAACAAA